AUGCCUUUCCUACGUCGUGCCCUCCCCUACCGCUCGCCUGCUGCACGCGCCCUCAGACCCCGGCCCUUCACAUGCUCUCCUCCGCAUUCUCCCCGCAGGUCUUUUGCCGCCUCGUCGCGCUGCUCGCAAUCCCACCACCAACACCGCAAAGAAUCCUUCCGCUCAAGGCUCAAUACCGCGCUUAAAAGUACCAAGAUCGAGUGGAGGCCCAUCCCCGUCGCCCUGGGCGUAGCUUUCCUUGGUGCCUUUCAGUUCUACCGCAUCCAGAAGCGCGAGCAGGCCAGGCUCGAGGAUGAGGAAAGCCAGUACACCACUGACGCUGGUGAAGACGGCAGGCCCCCAAAGAGGCCCAAGAUCCGGCCCAGCGGGCCCUGGCAAGUCCAGAUCAUGUCGACGCUGCCUCUCAAGGCCAUUUCUCGCCUCUGGGGCCGCUUCAACGAGCUCCAGAUCCCCUACUACCUCCGCGUCCCCGGCUUCAAGCUCUACUCGUUCAUCUUCGGCGUCAACCUGUCCGAGGUCGAGGAGCCAGACCUCCACACCUUCCCCAACCUCGCCUCCUUCUUCUACCGCACCCUCAAGCCCGGCGUGCGCCCGCUGGACCCCAACCCGAACGCCAUACUCUCGCCCGCCGACGGGAAGGUCAUUCAGUUCGGCAGGAUCGACAACGGCGAGGUCGAGCAGGUCAAGGGCGUGACGUACAGUCUGGACGCCCUGCUAGGCAGCCACCCGCCCAGCAGGCGCAAUUCCGGCGCGGGGCUCGAGACGUCCAACAUCGCGUCGUCGCCGGCGUCGCCCCAUCCGAGCAAAGACCGCGCCGCCGAAGGCGAGCAGGAAGUCAUCAAGUCGCACGAGGAGUUUGCGCGCGUGAACGGCAUCUCGUACACGCUGCCGAACCUCUUCUCGGGCACGUCGAGCUCCAAGUCCAAGAAGAUGCUCGACGACCAAUCGACGCCGUCGGAGCCGUCAUCCGAAGCCGAAGUGCGCGCCGACCUGGCCCUGACGCCGUGGUGGAGCCCCGUCAGCACGCAGAAGCCGACGUCGCUGUACUACUGCGUCAUCUACCUCGCACCGGGCGACUACCACCGGUUCCACUCGCCGGUGAGCUGGGUCGUCGAGUCGCGACGCCACUUCGCGGGCGAGCUGUACAGCGUGUCGCCGUACCUGCAGCGCACGCUACCAGGGCUGUUCACGCUCAACGAGCGCGUCGUGCUGCUGGGCCGGUGGCGCUGGGGCUUCUUCAGCUACACGCCCGUGGGCGCGACCAACGUCGGCUCCAUCGUCGUCAACUUCGACAAGGAGCUGCGCACCAACAGCCUGACGACGGACACGGCGGCGGACCGCGCCGCGGACGAGGCUGCCCGCCGCGGCGAGCCGUACUCGGGCUUUGCGGAGGCGUCGUACGAGAACGCGAGUGCGCUGCUCGGCGGCCAUGCGCUGAAGCGCGGUGAGGAGAUGGGCGGCUUCCAACUCGGCAGCACCAUUGUGCUGGUGUUUGAGGCGCCCAAGGCGGAGCGCAAGAGCAGUCUCGACGAGGGCUUUACGGGGAAUAAUGGCUGGAAGUGGAAGGUCGAGAAGGGGCAGAAGCUGAAGGUGGGGCAGGCGAUUGGGUUUGUCGAGGAAGAGUAGGCGGGUGGGUGUGUGCGUGUGAGUGAGAGAGAUAGAGAUAGGUGGGCAAGGUAGGUGUAUGCAUGUACGAGAUGUACGACUGACUGGGCGGCUCGGCGGUUGGGUUGGGUUGGGUUGGGUUGGUCUGGAGCGGCAUUGUCUUUCUCUGUUUGUUUGUUUGUUCAUGUGCUCUAGCAUACAUACAUACAUACGUGGUACUCCGUAUAGAAAAUUAAAGACUCGUAUUUGUUAGCCCCG